UAGAGGUACAGGUUUCAGUGUGUUGUUCAUGCACGACGUGGUCCAUUUUAGUCAAGCUUAGUAGUUAUAUUGGUGGCACAAUGGCAGAGAAGCCCGCCGCGGUGGGAAAUAAAGUUGGUAAAUGUAUGCUGCACAACUGGGUGGAAGAGAGGGCCAUGGAGGAUGUUGACACUCAGGAAACGAGGAUACAAAUCCAAAAACAUGGACACAAAGGGAUCAUCACAAUGGACCAGGAGUCUCAAAUGGAGAGUGUCACCACGCUGAGAGCGAAUUUCAUUCCUCCCAAAGGUCCUGGGGUGAGGCUGCGGGGCAUCAGAGGCGAGCUUUUGGAAAAACAUAACGCCCAGAGGAUAAGAGAGAAGAUUAAUGCUGAAAGGAACAAACCAUGUCCCAAAACUGACUUCUGCUCCACAACUCAGAGGGAUUUCUGUGUACAGGGAUUUGUGCCUCUUACCCCUGAAACAACACAAGUUCAUGAUUACAAAUCUGACCAGGCCAUCACAUUUUGGAGUGAAAACUGCCAGCGGAUACAGGGUGCCACUGCCGUACCGUCCGUGAAAGCACCUUUCAGGAAGUCGGCCCUGUUCAGCACCCCCAUCAGCCAGCGACUGGAUGAAAUGGAGCUCCCGUCUGAUAACUGAGACCGUAUGUCAGAGUAUCACACACUACAUCACUUCAUUACCACUUUAUAUUAAAUCAUUACCCACUGUAAAGGUUGUUGUUAUGCUUAACAGCGGGGACAUCUCUUGUUAUUAGAUGUCAUGCUCAAUCUGAAAUCAGGCGCAGGAUUUAUAGUACCGGAGGCGGAGAAUUCAGCAUUUCAGCCCUGAAUAUCUGCUCUACAUAAAGACGGUUAUUAAAAAAGGAUUUGUAUUUAGUUUCAGUGCGUCGAUCCCAACAGAUAAGCUUAUUGCCGUCCAACCCAGGCAAACAGCUCAUAAAGAAUACAACGUGGAGAAAGCAGACUGUCUCAUCAUUGAGCCAUUCACUAAAAUCCUUAACAUUAUAAGAACACAACCAUAGGUGGAAUGUAUCUAAGCUUAGCUAAGCGUUUUGUUAAACAUCAUAUGGGGUUUGCUGCCUGUUUUUUCUGUUUGUCUACCAAAUGAGUGCUUAUGUUAGCUUAACACAAACCAUGAACUACCUUAUAGUUAAUA